AUGGCAUCUCGCCCGAGGGCUAAGGUUGAGGACAGCGCGUGGGUGGCCGACGUCGAGAAGGCGCUGACUGCCGGUGACCCGUCGGCGGAGGUGGCGCUUUGGCGGUGGCACGCCAUCUACCGCGUGCCCGCGUGCAUCAAGGACCUGAACCGCAAGGCUUACCAGCCGCAGGUGUUGUCCCUGGGCCCUUUCCACCACGGCGAGCCGCACCUGCUGCCCAUGGACCUGCACAAGCGCCGCUCGCUUCUCCACUUGCUCCGGCGCGCGCGCAAGCCGCUGUCGGAGUUCGUCGCCGGCGUGGCCGGCGUGGCGGAGCAGCUGGAGGGCGCGUACCAGGGCCUCGUAGACGACUGGCGCUGCAAGGAGGAGGCCGAAAUGAGGGAGAGGUUCCUGGAGCUGAUGGUCACGGACGGCUGCUUCCUUCUGGAGGUGAUGAGGACGGCGUCCGGGUGGGAGGUGAACGACUAUGCGCCCAACGACCCUGUCUUUAGCAGCCACGGUCUUCUCUACACCGUGCCCUACAUCCGCCGCGACAUGAUCAUCAUCGAGAACCAGCUGCCGCUCCUCGUCCUCGACAAGCUUCUUGCCGUCGAGACCGGCAAAGAUGGGAACGAGGACUUGAUCAACCGGAUGGUGCUGAGGUUCCUCUCCCCGGCUGCCUGGCCUCCGGCGACCGGCAUCGGGCUGGCGCUUCACCCGCUCGACAUCCUCCGCCGUAGCCUACUCUACGGCCCCACGCAGACGGCUCCCCCCGCGCCGCCGCAUCACUCGGCCCCGGACGACAUCAUUCGUUCCGCGGAGGAGCUCUACGAGGCGGGAAUCCGUUUCAAGCGGAGCCAGACGAGCAGCCUCCUGGACAUCAGCUUCCGUCGCGGCGUGCUGCGGCUGCCGGCCAUCAUGGUGGACGACACCACGGAGUACAUGUUCCUGAACCUGAUGGCGUUCGAGAGGCUGCACGCCGGAGCCGGCAACGAGGUGACCGCCUACGUGUUCUUCAUAGACAACAUGAUCGACACGGCGGCGGACGUGGCGCUGCUGACCUGCCGGCGGAUCGUCCACAACACGGUCGGCAGCGACAAGGCGGUGGCGAAGCUCUUCAGCGGCAUGUCCAGGGACGUGGUGCUGGAGCCGCACAGCGCCCUGGACGACGUGCACCGGCAGGUGAACGCCUACUGCCGGAAGAGGUGGAACAGGUGGCGCGCCAACCUGGUGCACACCUACUUCAGGAGCCCAUGGUCGUUCCUCUCCCUCGCUGCCGCCGUCUUCCUCCUCGGCAUGACCGUCAUGCAGACCGUCUACACCGUCCUCCAGUUCUACCAGGAUGCCACCACCACCUAG